AUGUUGGCGGCCGGAGGCUCUGAGGCCGAUGCCGAGUACCUCAAGCAGCUUGAGGAGAACAUGGAGGCUCUGGAUCGCAUUGAUGAUGCCAUGAACAAGGAAAUGAACCGCCUGGUGACCAAGGUGGCUUUUGAGUUCGUCGCCAAGAAGGCCCCCCUCUACAAGGAGCGCUCGUCGCUCAUCCGCAACAUCCCCCAUUUCUGGUCUCUGGUGGUCCUCCAGCACCCGGCACUUCGCCGCUACAUCACCUCGGCCGAUCAGCUCGCCCUCACCGAGCUCCUCGAUGUCAACUACACCCAAAUCGAGGGCGAGAACUCGACUGUCCGCUCGACCAAGCUUACCCUGACUUUCGGCCCCAACCCGCUCUUCGAGAACACCGAGCUCGUCAAGGAGCUGUCCUACAGCAAUCCCGAGGACGAUGACGAGGUUCCGGCCAUCAGCACCUCGGUCAUUCACUUCAAGGACCAGCAGACGGACGAGGCGGCCGCCGAGUCGGCCUCCGCCGUGGUCGGCCAGAAGCGCCGUGCCCCGGAGGACGACACCGCCGAUGGCUUCUUCCACAUCUUCGCCAAGAACGAUCGCGAGUCCUCCGAAUGGCUGCUCAAGAUCUUCGGCAAGUACCUCUUCCCCAGCGCACACAAGUACUUCGUCGGGGACAUCCCCCAGGUGGAUCUUCUGGACUUCCCGGAGGACAUCCUCGAGAUGGACGAAGUCGAGGAGGAGGAAGAGGAAGGCGAUGAGGAGGAUGAUGAGGAGGAGGAGGACGAUGGCCUCGAUGAGUAUGCCACCAUGCCUGGCGAUGGCCACUACCCUCACGGCCACCACCACCACCACCACCACGGCGACGGCGACGGCGACCACAUGUAUGUGGAUGACGAUGACGAUGGCGAGGAGGAGGACGACGUCGAUGGCGAAGGCGCCGGCGAGGAGGACGAUGAUGACGCCCUCGAGCAGGACGACAAUGGCGAGGAGGAUGGCGACGAGGAUGCCGAGCUCCUGGACGAGGACCUCGAUGAGGAGGACCUCGAUGAGGAGGAGGCCGACGAGGCCGCCAGUCAUCACUCGCAUCAUCGUCACCGCCACCACCACCUUGAGAAUGCCGAAGAGGAGGAGGAGGAGGAGGACGACGACGACGCCGUGGCCGAGGAGGAAGAGGAUGACGACGAUGAUGCCAUGGCCGAGGAGGAAGAGGACCAGGACCUUGACGAGGACCAGGACCUUGACGAGGACCAGGACCUUGAUGACGACCAAGUCGAGGACGAUGGCGACGAUGCGGAGCUCCUCGAUGAGGACGGUGCCGCCGGCGCCGCUACCGGCGACGAUGACGAGUACUACGAGGAGGAAGAGGAGGAGGAUGGCGCCGACGCCGAGCACUCCCACGAUGCCUCCCACCGCCAUCGCCACUCCGCUGAGGCUGCCCCAGCCACCGCCGCCGCCGCCGGCGACGAGCCCCUUUACAGUGGCGGCGAGGAGGACGAAGAGCUCGAGGAGCUGGACGCCGAGGAGGACCUCGAGGAGGAGGAGGAGGAGGAGGAAGACAAUGCGGCCGAUGAUGACGCGCAGCUUCUUCAGCACAACGAGGCGGUCACCGAUGAGGAUGCCGACGAGGAUGCCGAUGAUGCUGCUGCUGUUGCUGCCGGCGUCGACGGGCAGUCUUUCCACCCUCACCAUGGUGGCAUCGGUGACGAUGAGGAGGCCGGCGCCGUGUUCGGGGACUUUGGCGGUCACCCGGUCGACGAUGAUGUCGGCCUCGUCGGGGCCCUCGGUGGUGCUGAUGAUGACGUCGAUGGCGCUGGCUUCUACCAUGGCGGCUUCGAUGAUGAUGCCGGCCACCAUGGUGGCUUUGGUGACAGCACGGCCGAGGCUGUGGCCGCCGCGCCGACCGACUCCGACGGCGGUGACGAGUGA